AUGCGUUUCACUGGGAUAGCUCUCGGGAUCGCAGUGUUCCAAACCCACAUCGGCACACUGCUCGCCGAAGAACUGGCCGCCGAAUCUCACGACUCCUUUUUGGGAGCCCCUCUCGAUUACACCAGCACUGCCGAACUCGACGAGGACCUGCGCGCGAGAGACUCCGACCCCCAUUACAUAGACUAUUACAGUCCUAAGGCGGACCUGCAUACGAGAGAUCUUGAAGCUCCUGACCGCCAGGGCGAUGAAGACGUGAACGCGGACCCGUACGCAGAGGACCUCGAUGCAGGCAUCGAAGAAUACAACGCGAGUAACGGCGAUUACGAUGAGGAGGACUACGAGGUUUUCGCGCGCCGCUUCGCGAGAGAUCUGCAAGCUGGGCCCGAGUAUCGGGAUCCGCUUUACGCACAGGAUCCUGGUGACGAGGACGAGGGUUUUGAGCCUGAGAAAGAGAUAGAUGGAGAGGGCCUCGAGUCACCGCCAGAGACGGGGGCAGAAGGCGUGAGGACGAAGCUGGCCCUUGGAGCAGAGCCUCUCGAGCCGGAACUAGAGAAUGAAGCAGAGGGACUUGAGUCUGAACCAGAGAAUGAGGCAGAGGAACUUGAGUCAAAGUUAGAGACUGGGGUAGAAGGCCUAGCGCCAAAGCCGAAGACUGGGGUAGAAGACCUCGAGCCAAAGCCAGAGGUGGGGGCAGAGGACGUUGAGCCGACCGAGGAGAUGGAACCAGAGGCCCUCGAGUCAAAGACAGAGCUUGGAGUAGAAGAGACUGAGAGUGAGCCUCAGCUGGGAUCCAAUCUUGACAAUGCUAGUGCAAAGCCUCAACGUCGAAAGAGGGCUCCACCCGGGACGAGUGGUCCUCCAGAAAAAGCUGCUACCAAGUCACUCCCAGCGGGUUUCAACUUCAAGACGGUGACUCGCGAAGAAUUACAGAAAGCGCCUCCCCAAGCAGCUCGUGCGGACAGUCUAUAUGUUGCGUUAAAUGAUAAAGACCUAGACGACAUUUUGGCUCAGGCAGAACCAACAAAGGGGAAACUACCACCUCCGGCGAAGGAGAAAAAGCCACGUCCAACAAAGAGGAAACAACCAUCUCCACCCAAGGCGAAACAAAAGGCGAAGCGAGGGGAGAAGCAAGCAGGAAAACGAGUGGGAAAACCAACGGGACAACGAGAAGGACAUCGAGAAGGACAACGAGUAGGAUAUCGAGAAGGAUAUCUAGAAGGAUAUCGAAAAGGAUAUCGAAAAGGAUAUCGAAAAGGAUAUCGAAAAGGAUAUCGAAAAGGACAUCGAGAAGGACAUCGAGUGAGGAAACAAACGGGAGAACGAGAGGGAAAACCAACGGGAAAUCGAAUCGGGAAACAGGCGGCGAAACGGUCACCUCUUUCAAAGGCACAACAAUCUAGAAAGCAAAAGGUCGAUAAGCUCACAAGGAGACGUGAUACCAAAGUCGAACUAACUUUAGACAUGUGGGAAUAUGUGUUCGAAAAGUUAGACGAAAGUCUGUCAGCAGACACUUCGAUUAAGGGGAAGAUUAUCAUAUAUGCUGUGGGAGGCGUGUCAACACUGCAUUUGGGCGCACGAGGGCCUUCUGGCACGUCUAGAACCUGCAACUAUUUCUACUCUAGGUUCACCUCCAAAUCAGACCAGCAGAUUUUCGAGGACUACGUUCACACAUACCAGAAACAACAUCCGGAGUGGUUGGCACGCAAGUAUAUGAAUGCAGACCUAGCCCCCUUCGUUGAUGAUGAAUACAAAAAGGCCAUAGCUGCUUAUGCGAAGCCUAUAUGGGAAGGCAAAAAGCUCGAAAUAUCGCACAUACAUCCAGGGAUCGAGCUGAUUGCAAAGAUGGGCUUGAUGCGAGAGUUAUUGGAGCCGAGAAUAUAUAGAAACGGAUUCAAGGUACCCAAAGUUGGGGUGAUACAACGAAAGCACGUGGACGAUGCAGUUACCCUUGUGAAAGCAAUUUCUGCCCACCCUGCAAAGAUAGCACCUAACGGAAUUACGUUGAAGGACCUGAAAUCUUGGGGCGACAAGUGGAAUCUGAUGACUGAGGAGGUGGACCACAACAUCAUCUGGACUGUCAAAACGAUACAAAAUAAUCUACCAGCAGGGGAACUCGGAUUCGCAAAGGACGUGUUGGAACUGAAGUGGUAUAAUUUGAAUACCCUCUUGUUUUCAUCCAAUCACCAGACCUUGAAAUCCGCGAUCCUCGCGGGCAAUGUUAAAGUGGUGGAUGACAAACCUCCUUCUCCCCCGUCCAGGAAAUUGAAAUAG